UUUGGCGACAACAUGGAGUCGCACUUUGUCGUGCCCCGCCGGCUGCGCGACAAGCCGUACGAGCUCAUCGAGGCGGCCAACGACUGGCACUAUGCGAUGAUGAACGACCUGCCGCGCAACGAGUUUUACCGCUCCGCGCUGCGGCAGCUCAUCACGCCCGAGUCGUUUGUCCUCGAGAUUGGCGCCGGCUCCGGGCUGCUCUCCAUCAUCGCCGCCUCUCUGGGCGCGCGGCGCGUGGUCGCCAUUGAGGCUAACAUGCACCUCGCCAACGUGGCGCGGCAGAUCAUCCACGCCAACGGCUACGGCGACCGCAUCCACAUCAUCAACAAGAUGUCGACCGACGUGAGCCCCGAGGAGCUCGCGCAGUACGGCGGCAGGCCGACCCUGCUCCUCUCCGAGAUCCUCGGCACGCUGCUGCUCGGAGAGUCGGCGCUGCACUACGUCGCGGACGCGCGGAGGCGGCUCCUCGGCCCGGGCGGCGCGGUCGUGCCGCCUCGCGGCGCCCAGUUCGCCACGCUGGUCGAGUCGUUCGACAUCGCCUCCAUCACGUCGGUCAAAUUGCCCCCAGGCAUCUCGCUCGACUACUUCAACUCGCUGCAGGACACGACCUCGAUGGUCUUCACGAAGCAGUACGGCUUCCGCUUCUCCUCCGCCGCCUACACCGAGCUCGCGCCCCGCACGCCGGUGCUCGCGAUCGACUUCUCCGCAGACGAGGUUGGUGUGUGGGGCGGCGAGAGCCGGACGACCCUGCGGGCGACGCGCGCGGGGACGGUGCACGCGGUGAUGGCGUCGUGGGAGGUGUACGCGGGCGAGGCGGACGCGCUCUGCAUGGCGACGCACCCCGACGCGACGCUGGGCAACUUCCCGCGCGACAUGCAGUGGGGGCAGGGCCUGCAGCUCAUCGAG